AUGAAUUAGCUGAAUGAAAACUCUGAAUUUUACAACGAUUUUCCUUUGCUUAACGUGGAAGACUUAAGCUCUUAUCAGCAGGAAUAGAAUCACUUUCAUGGGGACAGCUUCUUUCAAGAUGAAUCUACUAAUGUAGAUCUAGAUUUCCAAAACUUUUCAGGUUCCUAGAACAGCUAGCAAUUUUUCACUGGGAAGAUUGUCAAUCAGAAUUAGAGAGAUUAUAUGGUAAAUUAUAACUAAGAACAAAGAAAUGAGACCUUUAAACCUGAAAAGUUUUUCAGUGAGUUUAGUGUCAUCAUUGAAGAAACUCCCUAGACGCCAUCUCUCAAUGAAAAAGUGGAUAGAGCUUAUAGAGAAACAACAGAAGAUAAGCCUUACUACUGCAAUUAGAUGUAAGAUUCAGACAGCUGCAUGUCUGGAUUCUCCCUAUUGAUGUCUCAAAACAACCCCUAAGUCCCUUUCAAUACCUAAAUCAGUAUUCCAGAUAGAUUUAAGAGUUCUCAGCAGACACAUGUGACCUGCCUCCAAUCCAAAGGAAUCAACAACAACAACAAUGAAAUUCCUUUGCAAUCUUAAACUUGCUAUACACUUUAUUAAUAGCAGCAAUCAUAAGGAUAGUCUCAAGGAUUAUCCCAAGUUUUGACUCAGAUGUUUGAUGAAAAGGCUGAAAUGAACCAAGACUACAUAUAAAAGCCUUAUCAGAAUGUGUUUUCCAACCAAAUUAAUAUUGUCUAAUCUAAGUCAAAAAGAAUCUAUGAGUGA